GGUGCGCGGCUCCGCUGUCAGUGUAAAGUAUUUCACCAUCACCUCCGCGGACCAGCGCCCUCUCCCACCGCGACGCCGCGGCCGCCCGCUGCCCGACCACACGCGCCGGAGAACCAGCCGCGUUAGUCGGUUUAAAGGCUGCCGGGCUCCGCCGAGUGAGGUUAGCGUUCGGCCGUUAGCCGCUGCGCAGGUGUUAGCCGGCUAGGCUAGGCGCGCUGUAAAUUACAAACCUUCAGAUUUCAGGAACCUGUCCGCUCAGACAGGCAGAGAGAGAGACAGGUAGACUCACAGCUCGGAAUCAGUGCUGUGAAGUAAAGCUAGCUUGGCUAACGAGGCUAAAGUCCGCUUCACCAGCUUAUUGUUCGAACUGUCCCGUUCCACCUUAAACGGUGCGGGUGUUUAUAUUAUAGCGCUUGAGGCGUUAUAAUGACAAUUGCUGCACCAUUUAAGGUGGAACGGGAGCGGAAUUCAGCCUCGUUAAUUCAGCUGCCCUGAAAGCUAAUGGAGCGGCUAGCUUAGCUUGGCUGUCGGUAGCUGUUGGCCGUUGGAGGCGAUGCAGCCGCCGCACCGGAUUAAACUGAACCGCAGCGCGUUCAGACCCGAAAGCGUUUCGGCUUCAAAGCGGCGGCGCUCCGGCUGUGACCCCCGCGUUCCUCCCACCGGGGCGCGCGCGGCGGAUGCAGCCCGAGCCGACCACAUGCACCGGGAACCGCCGAUCCCACCUGCCCGGGAGCGCCACACAGGGUACGACUCAGGUACCGCUCCGCUCAGCGCAGGCGGGGUGGGGGCGAGCAGCGGGGGCGCCGGGAUUCGCUCGGCGGGGUUUGCGAUAGGUGUCGGAGGCGACGAGAAGCACGUGAGGCACGCUCAAACCGAGCCCGCAGCCGCGGAGUGUGGCAUCAACGGUAACAUGCGCGUGGAAUCCGCCUCCGCGAGCUGUGCGCCUACACAACUUGCGCGUGCAGCCGUUGCGGAGCGCCGAACGAGGGGCAGAUCCGCGGCGACCACCGAAAUAACGCGGCUGCGGAGCCGAGCAUCAAAUCGUAAUAAGAACGCUGAGCUGAAGAGACGCUACGGUUUAGUCACGAGAUUUGGUUCAGGGAGACGCGUCAAGCGGUCUGUGAAAAGCUCGUGCUGUGCCUUUUGUGGCGAUGUAAAAAACACCCCUCCUGCUAGCAAAAAACGGGCUCGUGUCCGUAAGCCCGGCUCAAGGCGCCCUGACCCGCCGCGAAGGUGGGAGGGAGCCAAGCUUCGUCCUGCAGUGCAAGCUCAGCAGAAACCCAGGCUUGUUGUGGGGCUCGGGAAGUUCCCCAAGGUCAAACUGUGUGAUGUAGCCCGGGUGUUUCACGUGACCUCACGUGAAUUUUCGUGCGUUUUGCCUGCAGUGCUGCAUCAAAAGAGGGAGCAUAAAGGUGUGCAGUGCUUUGAGAGAGAAUACAUGUCUCUGCUGCCACACUCUCACCACGGUGAACGAAUUUCUGAUAUAUUGGUGGGUCUUGAGGGGUGUACCGGGCCUGCGGAUAAUCAUGUUGGGAGGAUACUGGACAACGAGAGGAUGACACUGACCUCUGGGGAAGGGAAUGUGCGUGUCUCUUCCAACCAUGAUGGGUUUCAGCAUAAUGGUGAGGCAGGAGGCUCGGCUGUGGCGUUGACGGGUCAGGAAGAGGCACCGACAGCGACUCCAGUCCUCCGUGUUCCUCCUUUGGUACUACAAUGUGAGCCAACCUUCAAUGAAGUUGGUUUUCCCGAUCACUUACAGGGGAACCCUGCAGUUGACCAUAAUGCCUCUGCUGUUGGACAGUCUGAGGAAUGCUGCUGUCCUCUGGAGGAGGAAAGUGGAAGUGAGGAUUCAGAAGAUAAAGCAUACUCUCCUCUUUCCUUCUCCUGCCAGAGAACCCAAGCCUAUGUGACUCGGUCUCGCUUGUCCUGUGCCCGUGCUUACAAGUCUUGGCCCUUCCCUAGACGUGGACCUCUUUCCGAACUGAAGUCAUCAGUUUACACUGGCCCUCGAUGGAUUGUUACCCCAGCGGCCUCAGAUGUUGCAGAUCAUGGGAUCAGCAAAGUGCAAACUUCUCUCAGUGUGACACCUGGAGAGAACAUCAGAGAAAACCCUUACAAGCGUCUCCAAUCAAGUGUCGAGAGCACUGUGGAUCAAAACAGGCAAGGGCAGUCAUCGUCUGCAAACCUGAGCAGGAUGGAGAAAAACCCUUCGGAGGUUGUGGAGAUUCCAAAAGUUUCAACAGCAGAAUACCAGAAAAAUCCAGACAAAGGUCAGGAACCCUGCAACCAUUCCCACACUGGGCCUGAUCCCUCUGCAGACACAGAAUUUGUGCAUUUUCCUCAACUGAGAUUUCCUUAUCUCGUCUUGCUCAAGAAGCGCAAUAGUGAAGCUGGGGUCACGUGUUCCCCAGAAGUCUCCUGUGAUCAGGAUAACUUCUCUGGUUUGCUGUCUGCUCAACACCAUGACAUUCCUGGCAAGAGAACUGAUGAGCUGAAUGUGGUUCCCACACCUGAACCAGUCAGUGUUCCUCAACUCGGGCCUGUUGAGCAGAGUCUGUCUGGUGGUGCAGGUCACUUUCAGCACAACAGUCUCACAAGAAGAGCUCUGCAAUCUUCACUUGAUCUACUGCAUCCUCCAGAAGAGCCCAUCUCCAAAGCCGCUCCCGAGAUGGUAUGUUCCAAAACGGAACCUCAGGCUACUUCCUCAGUGACUUCUAAUUCUGCUGUUGAGACCAGGACUAAUCUAUUGCACCCUGAAAAGACCGAUCAACCUGACUUGACUGGAGGGAGAAGAUGGAAGAAGAGCUUUAGCAGCCUGAUGAGCAGAGUCGACGACGACGAAUCCUCUUUCUCCUCCUCCUCCUCCAGUGAGGACUAUCACAACAGUAACCUCUCUUCCAGCAGCGAUUCUGAAGGCCCAUCGCUGCAGGAUGAGAUGCGUGAGCUCGGUAAGGCCGAUCGAGACUCGUCCCCCGUCCGUUCCCCAAAGUGCUCUCCGGUUGCUGGGGGUGAUCUGGAUGUUUUACGAGCGUAUGAGGAAGAUGCCAUUGUGCUUGAUGUGAUUCAAGAUGACCCAGAGCUCUUCGGGGCUGUCGUCAUGGAAACGGAAGAACGACAGACUCAAAAAAUUAGCCCGGAGGCAGGAAAGGAGGCGAGACAAAUGUCCUCACAACCUGGGAAGACCGCCAUGCUCCAAAGUCGUCAGAGGAUAGUUUGGGGCUUAGAGUCAACGAGGCGAACUGCUCAAAUCAAGCUGGAGAAUUCUGACGGUUUCUCUGCAGUGAAGGCUGGUGGAAAGCCUCAGGGUUCUGUGACUCAGCAGGUACACAGCAGAACCUGGACCCCAAGGAACCCUGUAGUGAAACCAGAACAGACUCUUACAGACUGUAAUAAUAACCUGGAUAAGAGAUGUGCAGACCUGAACGCCAACAGCGCUGGAUCAUCAUGGCUUGUGGUUGAUGCGCGCAGCAAUGUUCAUGGUGCAGCUGGGAUCGGCAGCAGUGUUCCUAAACCUUCUCCGCUCUCAUAUUGUCGCUUUUACUUCAGUGAGCAUCACUCGUGCCUGCGGAACAUGUGCUGGUUCCUCCAUUUGCCCAGGGAUGAAGAUGAGAAGUUCUGUAUGGACACGGUGCAGAAGUUCUGCCGUGCUGGAAGUCCUUCCCUUGUACAGCGAGCAGUGGAGGUGUUUGUUGGCUAUUACAGGACUAAUUCUCCUGGUGUGAGUUUCAGUCAAAACAUUGUGAACUCUCUGCUCUCCUCUCUGCUGAACCUGGCACUGCUGACGGACCUGCUGCCUGUCAUCAACACGCUGCUCUCGCACAACAGAGCGGCUCCCCCUGAGCUCGUGAUGGUACUUUAUGAACAGGUGCGCGAGAGAGGACAGCUCAGCUUGGUACCAGAGCUCAUAUUCCUCACCUCAAAGAUGAUAGAUGCAGGCUGUGUGUUCACUGUGAAUCAGUGUGAGAUGAUGCAGUCAGAGCUCCAGAUGCUGCAGGUGCCCAGACAACAGAUGAUCAUUUUCCAUGCUGUCAAAUGCAGAGCUUUGGCCACAAACCCCCUCACUGCUGAAGUGUCAGCGCUGUCUGAGGCUGUGGUCCAGAUCGAGGUGUGUAAGCAGCAGGAGAACUGGCCCGGACUGGCGAGCGUGUUCUGUAGGGUCUGUGCCAGUCGACACAGUGCAGGAGAACUGGCCAGGUUCUGCUGCUGUGUUACCACGGCUCUGCUGAAAGAACCUAAAGACAAGCUCACGCUGCCAUACGAGCCUUUCGCCGAGUCAGUAUGUCAGGAGGUGCCGUCGGACAGGUUGGUUAAAAGCUUUCUGGGAAGAGUGGGAGUCUCUCUGAUGAUUAGAUAUCACAGAAUGCACGACUGGGCCAAGGGUGUGAAGUUGGUCCUCGUGAUGUCUCGGCUGCACGUGGAGUUCUCCAAAUUGAAAGGGCUCUUCGGCAAUGAGGACGGGAUGUCCCGUUGUCAGGUCAUCACCAUGGCGACGGAGCUCUUCCUCCAGAGCGGGAGCAUUGAGGGAGCUCUGAAUGUGCUCAGAGCUGAUGAGUGGUUUGUGAGCUCAAGCAUGUGGCCAUGUGACCAGGCGGAUGUGGAGAACCGGAGGAGGGUUCUGAUCGUUCUAGCGGGAAAAACCUCACACAGAGACACACUGGAGGUUCUCAGCAACCUGCCGGGACUCAGACAGCCACUCGAUGGUGUCCAGCUGGGUGAGUACAGUGGUGUGUUUAAUGCUCACCUACAGAAGUGUAUGAUGAACCAGGCUCUGCUGGUCGCUGCAGACACUCUCGAAUUCAUGUUGAUGCAGGGCAUCAGCGCAGAACCUUCACAGCUUCAGAACGUCAUCCAUAAACUGGGCAGACAGAACUUGUGGAGUCGUGGCAGAUCUCUGUUCAAACGUGCUCUUUGUGCAGGUUACUACUCCGAGGUGUUGUGUGAGAGGGACUCUUUGUCUCUGCCGUGCAGCCUCAGUGAGAUUGAAAUGACUCUGGCCUUCGAGAUGUUCAUCACCUGUGUGAGAAGUAGCCUUCAGAUCCCUGGUGACCCCUCCUCACCUCUGCUCAUCACACUCAGACGGUCGUCCUGUGGCGAGGCGGUGAAGGAGAGCGUGUAUUUGGCGGCCGGCUGCCGUUUGCUGUCCGCGGCGCUGAUACCGAACCCCAAACUGAGCAUCCGCUACGUGGCUGUGAAUCAGCACCAGGAGCAGUUCUUCCACCUGGACCACAGCUCGGCCACCAGGUGGCUCUCACACAACCAGACCUGGGCUCAGGAGAUGUGGGCGAGCUAACGCACCGGACAGAGUCGUCGUCAGGAGCUGACCAGACGUCCACUGAGAAACUGGACACAUUGACUCGCCUCAUUCACGCAAACACUCAGCAGUUUAAGGAACGAAGAAUCGAUCCUAAUAAACACGUUCGGACAGCGAGCGUCUGCUGCA